AAAACAUAAUUACAAACUUUCUAGUGAUCUCCACUUCGAACAUCUGAAAAGGAUAGAGAAGGAGAAGAAGAAGAAGGCAUGAUGAACAACGCGCAGGUGCAGAAGAACACGCUGUACGUGGGGGGAUUGGCGGAGGAGGUGAACGAGGCCAUACUGCACUCCGCCUUCAUUCCCUUCGGGGACAUCAAGGAUGUGAAGACGCCGCUCGAUCAGGCCACACAGAAGCACCGAUCCUUCGGUUUUGUCACUUUCCUUGAGAGGGAGGACGCUGCCGCUGCUAUGGAUAAUAUGGAUGGUGCUGAGCUCUAUGGCCGUGUCCUCACCGUCAACUAUGCUCUCCCAGAGCGCAUCAAGGGUGGCGAGCAGGGUUGGGCCGCUCAGCCCAUAUGGGCGGAUGCUGACACAUGGUUUGAGAGGCAGCAACAAGAAGAGGAGAUGCAACGAUUGCAGGCAGAACAAAGAGCUGCAAUGCAAGCUGCAGAGGAAUUGCAUAGAAAGAAAUUGGCUGAAGAACGAGAAGGUGAGAAAGAAGAAGAAACCGACACAAAGGCUGAUCCCAUGGCAUUGGCUGAAGCCAAGGCCUUGGAGCAAAGCAGUUAGCUCAAAAAGCAAUUCAAGAGAAUGAGAAGGCACAUCAAGCUCUGGUGAUUAGGCAAAUGAGAUAUAGUACUUAUGCCGCUUUGGGAUGGUAUUUCUUAUGUUUUUGGUCUGCACUCUCGACUUUCUUUUGCAUCAAGUGCCCUACAAUAUCGGCAAUUGUACUGGGAUUUGGUUUUCUUUUGUUUUAAUUCACACUUAACAUGGGAACAAGAAGCUUAUCAUUUACCAGAAUAAGGAUUCAAUGUUAAAUACUGUCAUUGUGGAUAUAGAAAGUCCGAGACUCGAGCACAAUGUUUGGCAUA